UUGUCCCAAAAAAACAAAAGAAAGUAAUAGUCUAGAUAAGGUAUUGCAACUAGGCAAGCUGAAAUCCUUGAUGAGGCGUAAGCUAUUAGCAUCUAUAUAACCUUGUAUUAGUAUAUGUUUUAGAACAGCAAAAAUGAAGCUUCCUAUUUCAGUUUCUCUUAUUCUCUUCACAUUUCUUCUUUGGUCUGAUCAUGCUUCAUCGAAAAGAUCCACUUACAUUGUCCACAUGGACAAGUCCUGCAUGCCCAAAGCAUUUUCCAGUCACCAUUAUUGGUAUGCUUCCCUUCUUAAAUCUACCAAAUCUGCAUGGCUUGAUGACGCUGAUAUACCCAAGUCGAAACUUAUCUACACCUACAACCAUGCCUUCCAUGGAUUCAGCGCAUUGCUGUCCGGAGAUGAAGUCGAAGCCUUGAAGAAAUCAGCUGGCUUCAUUUCCGCCUACAAAGAUGAUAUUGUGACGCCAGACACCACACACUCCUCCAACUUCCUUGGUCUCACCGGUGCUGCAGGCCUUUGGCCGGCAUCCAAUUACGGCAAAGACGUCAUAAUCGGCGUUGUCGACUCCGGCAUCUGGCCGGAGAGUCCGAGCUUCAGAGACGAUGGAAUGACUGAGAUCCCCGCUAGCUGGAAGGGGAUUUGCGAUGGCGGUGAAGAUUUCAAUUCAUCACUAUGCAACAGGAAAAUCAUUGGAGCCAGAUACUUCAAUAAAGGAUAUGAAGCUGAGAAUGCAGGUCGCACCAGGAAUUCAGCAAGGGACGAUGAUGGACAUGGCACCCAUGUCGCGUCUAUUGCUGCCGGAAACAUUGUGGAUGGAGUUUCCUUCUUCGGUUACGCCCCUGGAACUGCGAGGGGAGUGGCUCCACGAGCCAGGCUGGCGGUUUACAAGGUCCUCUGGGGCGGUGGCGUAUCAUCGGAUUUGCUGGCGGGAAUCGAUCAGGCCGUAGCUGACAAUGUCGAUAUAAUCUCCGCUUCUAUAAGCAGUCGUUCAAUUAAUCUGUAUGAGAAUCCUAUCGCCAUAGCCAGUUUUGGUGCGAGGGAGAAGGGAAUCAUGGUUUGUCUGUCGGCAGGGAAUCGCGGGACGCGUGGUAUUAGGUCUUUAUUUUCAGGAAUCCCAUGGGCUGUGGUUGUGGCUUCAGGUACCAUUGAUCGGUGGUUCGCAGGGACUUUAACUCUCGGCAACGGAAAAACCAUCACAGGAUGGACCACUUUUCCAGCAAGUGCCACUCUCCGAAACUUGCAACUUGUUUACAACCAGACCUCAUCUACUUGCAGCAGGGCCGAAUUCCUGGCAGAGGCCCCUUCCAACAGUAUUUUCAUAUGCAAUUUAACACGUUAUAGUAAUUAUGUCCUCUCCACCGUGUUCUCCUACCAAGCUGAUUCUAAUGUCCGAGCAACUAUCGCCAUCACUGAAGAGCCCGAGGAUUAUGACACUAGUUCAUUUCCUGAGCCGGCAAUUGCAAUCCGCUCAGCACAAGGGCGAGAUGUGAUCAAUUACGCAUCAACUAGUGAUUCUCCGACAGCAACCAUCGAUUUCCAGCAAACGAUUUUAGGGACGGGGCCCAGAGCUGCACCAAUCCUAUCACUUACCUCAUCCAGAGGUCCUGCACGAACUUAUGAGCGUAUCUUGAAACCUGACUUAAUGGCACCAGGAGUGUUGAUCCUAGCAGCCUACAAUCCUCAUAGCACGGCAUCACAAAUUGGCAGAAACAUACAACUUUCCAGUCCAUACACACUUCUCUCGGGGACAUCCAUGGCAUGCCCUCACAUCUCUGGAAUCGCGGCCCUUCUCAAAGCUGCGCACCCUGAUUGGAGCCCCGCAGCCAUUCAAUCUGCGAUGAUGACAACUGCCAAUCCUCUCGAUAGCAACAACCAGCCCAUCAGGGAGCAGGAUAAUUUGGUUGCCUCACCACUAGGCAUCGGGUCGGGUCAAGUUGAUCCCAACCGGGCGCUUGAUCCGGGCCUCGUUUAUGAUGCUUCUGUACAAGAAUUGGUGAAUUUGGUGUGCUCCAUGAACUUCACUCGCAACCAAACUCAAACAAUCAUAAGGUCAAGCUACAGUUGCUCCAAUCCAUCCUCCGACCUCAAUUAUCCAUCGUUCGUGGCUCUUAUUCAUGAGGCGGAGAUUGGGAGGAUGUUAACGCGUAGAUUCCGGAGAAGCGUGACGAAUGUAGGAAACGGUGCAGCCACCUAUAAGGUUACGGUGGAAGUACCGGCGAACACCACAGCCAUAGUUGAGCCUCAAACUUUAGUGUUUCGCAAGAAAAACGAGACCAAAAGGUAUUCCCUUACAAUUCGGUAUAAAGCUGAUAUAGAGGUCCAACAUAGAGAAGGUGCGGUUAUUUGGACCGACGAAACCGGAAAGUAUAGAGUGAGAAGCCCAAUAAUGGUCUCUGCUGCAAUUGACAAUUUCCAGUAGUUUGAAAGAGAUGAUCAUCAACGAAACCUGGUUGUGUAAGCCUUUAGGCAUUACUGGCUGUUUAGCUACAAUUAUGCUGUAAAAUUUGCCCUUUCCAAUAAAAAAAUUGUACGCGCUGUGAUUAUUAUGCAA